AUGGCUGGCAAACUCGCCCUUCUCGGCUUCAGCUCCCUCCUCUUGGGCCUGGCCAAUGGCCAAAAGCCGGGGAACACGCCCGAAGUGCAUCCCAAGCUGACAACGUACCGCUGCAGCAAGAAGGAUGGCUGCAAGCCCCAGACCAACUUCAUCGUGUUGGACUCGCUCGCGCACCCCAUCCACCAGGCCACCAACUCGUACAACUGCGGCGACUGGGGCAACAAACCCAAUGCCACGGCGUGCCCGGACGAGGCGUCGUGCGCCCAGAACUGCAUCAUGGAGGGCAUCUCCGACUACAGCGCCUACGGCGUGACCACCAGCGGCAGCUCGCUGCGUCUGCAGCAGCUCCUCGAGGGCCGGACCGUGUCUCCGCGCGUCUACCUCCUUGACGAGACGGAGCGCAAGUACGAGAUGAUGAAGCUCACGGGCAACGAGUUCACGUUUGACGUCGACGCCACCAAGCUGCCCUGCGGCAUGAACAGCGCGCUGUAUCUCUCCGAGAUGGCGGCCGAUGGCGCCCAGAGUGAACUUAACCCGGGCGGCGCUUACUAUGGCACGGGGUACUGUGAUGCUCAGUGCUUUGUUACUCCGUUCAUCAACGGUGUCGGCAACAUCCAAGGCCGCGGCUCGUGCUGCAACGAGAUGGACAUCUGGGAGGCCAACUCCCGCGCGUCGCACGUCGCGCCCCACACGUGCAACCAGACCGGCCUGUACCUGUGCGAGGGCGCCGAGUGCGAGUUUGACGGCGUGUGUGACAAGAACGGGUGCGCGUGGAACCCGUACCGGGUCAACGUGACGGACUACUACGGCAACAGCGACGCGUUCAAGGUGGACACGCGGCGGCCCUUUUCUGUCAUCACCCAGUUCCCCGCGGACAAGAACGGCAAGCUGGAGAAGAUCCACCGCAUGUACGCCCAGGACGGCAAGGUCAUUCAGUCGUUUACUGUUAACGUUGAGGGCCUGCCCAAGACGGAUUCGCUGACGGAUGAGUUCUGCGCGGCCACCGGUGCGGAGAGGUAUCUGGAUCUGGGUGGGACGGUGGGCAUGGGUGAGGCUAUGACGCGGGGGAUGGUGCUGGCGAUGAGCAUCUGGUGGGAUGAGGGUGGCUUUAUGAGGUGGUUGGAUAGUGGUGAGGCUGGGCCGUGCAAUGCUACUGAGGGCGAUCCGAGGGUUAUUAGGCAGAUUGAGCCUAACCCGGAGGUCACUUACAGCCAACUGCGCUGGGGUGAGAUUGGGUCGACUUUCAAGGGUGAGUGCAGGACUGGGAAGGGGAAGGGGAAGGGGAAGGGUAAGGGGCAUUAG